CGCCCGCACCAGGGCGCGCUUGCAUAAAGUUGCCCAGGUGAAUCAGUGCAAGUGAGUGAAGAAAUAAAGGAAUGGAGCGAGAGAGAGAGCCCGGUUCCCUUGUGCACACAGCUCACGUGCUCGGGGCGAAGCCCGUGCUGGCGAUGUGGAGUUUAACACCCAGGUCCUACACAAGCCAGGCUCGCGCGCGCUCUCCGGACGAAAUGCAAGGUAUUAUUAUUGGAGACAACAAUCACAACAUGUAUUCUCUUUGUCCCCGCGCCCGCUGUUUUCUCCAUCUUUGCUGUCGGACUCUGGAAUCCAACUGGACCGCUCGCUCUGCGCUCCCCGGCGCCCGCGCAGCUUCCUAACCUGGCUCCUGGGGGCGGCCCCACAGCGCGCACGCUCUGUUCUGGAACCGCUCACGGAGGGCGCCAGGGGCUGCGAGCCGGGAAGGGGACGCCCACGGCCGGCAAGGGGGCGCUGUCCCCAGAGGCCUCUGACCCUGCGGAGCAUCGUCCCGCCCUGGAGCGACGGUGAGGUUAGAAAGGGUAGCAGUCGGUUCCUUCCAGGGGCCCUGGGCUGCCGCGCAAAUACCCCUGCGGGGAUCCCUUCUCUCCCCCAACAACGAGCUGCACCCCCGGCCGGGCGCGGCCCUAGUUCCCCGCGGUUCCCGGAGCAUUCUGGUCUGGGGAUUUUUCUUAAGGAAUUUUUGGCAGAGGGGUUCAACACGGGAAACGGCCUAGGCUUCCCAAAGUAGGGAAGUCAGCCUAGACCGCGGACACAUUCUCUCCGCAAAUCACCCCCUUCCCGCCGGAUCCCCGGUGCCAGCCAGCCCCGCCCGCUCCACCUCGGGUUCCAAGAUGCUUUCCCGGCUCCCGACACCCACUUUCCAGCCAGCGCUGCGCCGCGCCCCGCGCCCCUCGCUGGUCACCCUCGGCCCGCGAGAGCGGCGGGUGGAGGGCCCAGGCCUAGGGUGCUGCUUCUAGGUCCUGGUGUAAGGGAGAGGGAAACUACUCAGUCUGUUCUCUGUGAAGUCCGGGGCUCUGGAGGUUGAAAGUGGGACUUAAAAACGGAGAAGUUGCACUUCUCCACCCACUUGCCCGGUCUUAGCCGUGGGGCCCGGUCCGGGAGGGCAUGUUGCACACGAGGCAUGUGUGAAUUCAGUCAUUGAACGGGGGGCCCUGAAAUCCAGGGUUAGAAGUUACGGGAUGCACGUGAACAGUUAUAUUAACAUCAACCAUCAUAUAUGUGUAGAGUUUGAGCUUUCACACCCAGCCCUGUGAGGUCAGUCUUAUCAUCCUCUUCCUUCUAGGAUUGGGAGAGGAGGUCUGGGUCAUGCACGGAGUAACCCACCACUGAAGACAGGUCCUGACUGCAGACCCCCUCGGUCCUCUCCCAGUGCCGCCUCCUUUCAGGGUUGCCUCUGCGGAGCCCUGCACGGGGUGGAGGGGGGGCGCUCAGUAAAUAUUUGUGGAUGGGAUUCCAGGAUCUCGUCAAGCCUUAUGACUGCCCUGUUUUAUACAGUAGGAUGUGUCUAAGCCGUAUCUUCGCACUCAUUUAUUCAUUCACUUAUUCUACAUUUCCUGAGUGCCUCCUGGGUGCCUGCACUGAAGUGAGCGCCAGGGGAAGAGCCCUACUCACACGGAGCAGCGGGACGCGGAGCUGUCCUCUGAGCAGGGGGUUCGCGUCCGCGAGGGAUGGCCCUGAGCUCCCAGUCCGCAGCCCUUGGAGUUGAGCGCAGGCCCAGAGCCCGCAGCCCCGUCUACUCUGGGGUGUCAGGGGGAGGGGAACUCGGGAGCCCCCGGGUCGUGCCAAAGCCUAGAGCAUGCGGGAGGGGAGGGCCAGGAUGACUCUGCUCGGAGGAGAAGAGAGAAAAUACGAGAAGGGAAUUCCGUGAGGGAAGGGCUAGAGGAUUCCACACUCGGGAGAAGCUGGCGGAGCCUGGCCCAGGGAGGCCGCGGCCAGUCGGGACAGGGGGCUGGAGUCCGGCUCCCGCACGCGGGCCCGGUGACUGCGGGCGGCGCCCGCCUCCCGGCCAGCGGCACCUGAGAGGGGAGUGGGCGGGCAGAGCGGCGGUCCCGGGGCGGCGGGGCGCGGAUCUCCGGGAGGGACCUGGGAGGCGGAGGGGCGGGCCGGGGGCGGGCGCGGGGGAAGUGGCCCGCCCUCCCGCCUCCCCUCCCUGCAGGUCGGAGCCGGGACGCGGCGGCCCGGGACGCAGGGAGGGGGCCCGCGUCGAGAAUGAGGGAGUGGCCGCGCCGCCUUCGAGAGUCAUUGGAGGACGCGGCCGCUCGAAGCUGAUAAAUAAGGGGCCGGGCCGCGGCUGCCGGCCAAGCUGGACGCCCCGACCGGUGCGAGGGCCAGGUCAGCGCCGGCCCGUCGACGCGAAGCGAGGCGACCCCCGCGCGGCCAUGGCGGCGCUGCUGGGAGCUUACCCGUGGCCCGAGGGGCUCGAGUGCCCGGCCCUGGAAGCCGAGCUGUCGGACGGGCUAUCGCCGCCGGCCGCCCCCCGCCCGCCGGGGGACAAGGGCUCGGAGAGCCGUAUCCGGCGGCCCAUGAACGCCUUCAUGGUGUGGGCCAAGGACGAGAGGAAACGUCUGGCGGUGCAGAACCCGGACCUGCACAACGCGGAGCUCAGCAAGAUGCUGGGAAAGUCGUGGAAGGCGCUGACACUGUCCCAGAAGAGGCCCUACGUGGAUGAGGCGGAGCGGCUGCGCCUGCAGCACAUGCAGGACUAUCCCAACUACAAGUACCGGCCGCGCAGGAAGAAGCAGGCCAAGCGCCUGUGCAAGCGCGUGGACCCCGGCUUCCUGCUCAGCUCGCUCUCCCGCGACCAGAACGCCCUGCCCGAGAAGCGGGGCGGCGGCCGGGGGGCGCCGGGGGAGAAGGAGGACAGGGGUGAGUACUCCCCGGGCUCCGCGCUGCCCGGCCUGCGGGGCUGCUUCCACGAGGGCCCGGCCGGCGGCGGCGGCACCCCGGGCAGCGUGGACGCCUAUCCCUACGGGCUGCCCACCCCGCCGGAGAUGUCGCCCCUGGACGUGCUAGAGCCGGAGCAGAGCUUCUUCUCCUCCCCGUGCCAGGAGGAGCACGCGCAUUCCCGCCGCAUCCCCCAUCUGCCCGGGCCCCCCUACUCUCCGGAGUACGCCCCCAGCCCUCUCCACUGCGGCCAUCCCCUGGGCUCCCUGGCCCUCGGCCAGUCCUCGGGCGUCUCUAUGAUGUCCACCGUGCCCGGCUGCCCCCCGUCUCCUGCCUAUUACUCCCCAGCCGCCUACCCUCCUCUCCACUCCAACCUCCACGCCCACCUGGGCCAGCUCUCCCCGCCUCCCGAGCACCCGGGCUUCGACGCCCUGGAUCAGCUGAGCCAGGUGGAACUCCUGGGGGACAUGGAUCGCAAUGAGUUCGACCAGUACUUGAACACUCCUGGCCACCCAGACUCUGCCGCCGGGGCCGGGGCCCUCAGCGGGCAGGGCCCGGUCUCGCAGGUGACACCGACGGGCCCCACGGAGACCAGCCUCAUCUCCGUGCUGGCUGAUGCCACGGCCACGUAUUACAACAGCUACAGCGUGUCAUAGAGCCCGGGGCAGCCCGGCCGGCCCGGCCUGGUCGCAGCCUCUCCUUCCCGCGCGGAGCGGAGCUGAUGCGCAGCGCCCCGGGGUGGGCAGGUCUGUGCUGCGGACCGGCUCUGCGGAUCCAGGGCCCCUCCGCCCGCCCCCUUCCCCGCCCGCCCGCCCCGCCCCGCCCCGCCCCGCCCCCUGCAGCCUGCGUUUUGAGUGUAUUCCUUCAAAUGAGUUUUCAUUGGCCACACCCUGGGAAUCAGGCCCGGUCGUGGCUGAAAGACACUGUUUCCCGCGAGAAUUUUCACUGACCUCUCCUCCGAUUUCUCAUCCCGGAAACAAAUUCGGGAAAAGCCCGGAAGCAUUCGCAUCUCUCCUGCUUCUGACACAGCUGCAGGGGUACAGCCGUCCUGACCCUUGGUCGUCCAGGUGAGGAGAGCCCUGGGCUAAGAUUCAGGGGACCCGGGAUCCAUUCCCAAUUCUGCCUCAGGGGGCUGGUGAAACCCGACUCCCCUCCCCUCCCCGCCCAUCCCCCCCAUCUGUAGAGUGAGGGACAGACGCCGCAUCUAAGGUCCCCUCUGCUCCAGGGUUUUCUGAUUUAGGAUUCUCUCGAGGCUAACACAGGAAGAUGAAGUUGGCCUCAGUGAGCUCAUUCACCUGCAACCUGGUGACGAUUCCAUGCACAGCCCAAGGACACCAGGCUGCUGCACUUGGUCACAAUCUUCCAAUAUGAUCAUAGACUUCCAAAAGGACGCUUUGAGAAAGGACACUCACCUUGAUUUGGGAAAUGAACCCCUGGCGUUAACUGCAUCACUGAAAAUGAGAUUGAAUUCAAGAUUUUAAAACAAACAAACAUAUUUUUUUAGACAAGUUCUUUUUUUAUUACACACACAUUUCAAGAGAAUAUACACAGCCUGAAUACAUACAGUGUGUGUGAGACACACACAACACACGCAUCUCCAUGCACAGCCUGAAUCAGAUACUCUUUGCUGUCCUUUGCAGCUUCUCGUCAGCCCUCUGUUCCUAACAACCCAAAGAGCAGGCGACUGGAAAAGAAUUUCAGCACAGCAGCAUCACUUUCUUCCAAUCUGAAUGUGUUGAUUUCUUGAGCAAAAUUUCAUCACGCUCUCCCUUCUGCAGAUGCAAAAGGAUCUUCCUUCCUGCUGUCUCCAUCUCCCUUUCCUGGAAUUUCUUUUUUCUCUUCUUCUCUGCUCGUUCUCCACCCCGGAAUUGGCCACUAAUUCAAAGAUCCCUUGACUUAAAAUUGCAGGCAUGAUUCCUACGGCAGAAAUGGGAAUUUGUUCUCCUCACCAGCCAGCUGGUUCUUUGGGUAACGCCUUCAGCCCACACAUCAAAGGAACUUCCCUUUAUGAUACUUACUUCCCAAAGAACAGAAGUGCACUGUGAUUCAGAAAAUAUUUCUGAGCCCUGACCCCCUCCCCAAAACAUUUCCAUCCUUCCCCAAGCCUCCUUUGAAGGAACAUACCUGUCAGUGUGCUAAAAGACAGUUGUUUGUCUUUUGAUUUCACCAUAUUAUUGCCUGUAUGAAAUAUGUACGUGUUUUAUAUAUUCUCCUAUUAGUUUCACCUUAUAUUUCAUAUUGUUGAAAGAUCCUUUUUCUUUUUUCCUUCCGAGGAGUCCUCUUGUAAAAAUCUCUUAUGUGAUUAAUCUUUAUGCUAUUACUGUAUAUGACAUUUGGUAAUAAAUAGUAAAUCAUGGACAAUAUGAUUGGUGCAGUCCAGAAUGUAUGUUAAUAAUCUUAUAAAACAUUAUCACAGACAUUAAGCUAAACUGUUCCAUUUUCUGUAAGAACUACACAUGCUUUGGAAUGGUUGUAGAUAUUGAUUUGUCUAAAAUAUUUAAUUUAAAUAAACGUUUUUGUACCGUGA